AUGCUUUGGCAUAACAGGCACCGACGAGCCACCAGGAAUAACUCCCAACAAGUUAUCCCAGCCACCUUUAACACCUCCACAGUGUUUCUCCAACAACUCUUUCAAAGGUAUGGACAUCUCUUCUUCGACGGUACAUGGCUCAUUGACGUGGCCCAGAAAUACAGAACAACUUGGUUCCCGAGUUUCUUUCACGACCAAACGACGCAAACCACUCACCUCCUCUUCUACAAAUGGUGGGUGCAACGGCCACCGUCUCGACAUUGGUCACGGUCGAAGGUCUACCAAACAAACCCACGGCAGCAGGGAAUGGAGGCUUCAAUCUGGGCUUGCCGGCUUUACCCUCGAGAGACUCGAUCAACGCGGUUUCUUCACCACAAACGUAGGCUCCCAUACCUCUAUGGAUGUAGACGUCAAAGUCGUAACCUGAGCCACAGGCGUUUUUGCCCAAGAGUCCCGCCUUGUAUGCCUCGUUGA